AGUAAUCUGUAAUAGUAACCAUGCUAGUCAACCUUAAAUUUUUAUAUGAAAAUUUUGUUGAGUUGAGUUGAGUUAAACAGUGGCUUGCACGCUCGAACAAUCCAAAUCGAUCCGCACCGUAUUAUGAACUUUUGCCGCCUCCUCACCGCCAAAAGAAGUUUCUCCAGCAGCGGCCAGCAUCUCCGCCAGAUGACAACGUCUACGCAAAAUUUCAAGUUUCAUGCGAAGGCCAGAACCACUCUUUACCUAAUAACGGCCACCGGCCUCACCCUCCAUGCUGCUGACUACCUCAAUUUCCUCCCAGUUUCAUCUCUCCAUUCUUCUUCCUUCUUUCCCGAGAAGAUUAGAGCUGCAAUCCACGCAGUUUUUCGCUCCUCUCGCGCAAUCUCCACAAUUGGUUUCGCCGUUGCAGACUACAAGUAUUCCUUGCGGGGGCUUCCGGUGGACUCUGAGGAGUAUCGUCGCAAACUAUCUGAGGUUCAUUUACGUUCAGCCAACAGAAUGCUGAAAUUAUGUGAGGCCAAUAAAGGUUUCUACGUGAAAGCUGGUCAGUUUGUUGCCGCACUGCAGCAAGUUCCGAAAGAGUACUCUUCAACCCUUUCUUCACUGCAGGAUCAGGCUGUUCCUUGUCAUUUCAAAGCAAUAAAAGAAGUGCUAAUCAGCAAUCUGGGUCACGAUUUGUCAAAGAUAUUUUUGUCAUUUGAUGAAAAACCGAUAGCUGCUGCUUCUAUUGCUCAAGUGCAUCGUGCCAUUCUGAAAGAUUGUCAAGAAGUAGCAAUUAAGGUACAAUACCCUGGGCUGGAACUCCAAAUGAAAAUUGACACAACAACUAUGUCGUUCCUUUCAAAAUCUGUUGCAUGGUUUUUCCCUGAUUAUAGGUUUGACUGGUUGGUUUCAGAAUUCACAAACGCCAUUUCUUCAGAACUUGAUUUCAUGCAGGAGGCAAGAAAUUCUGAGAGGACAGCCAACUAUUUUAAAAACAAGAAGAUGGUCAGGGUUCCUCAUAUAUUUUGGGAGUUCACAACAAGUCAGGUUCUGACAAUGCAAUUUUGUUGGGGGCACAAGGUUGAUGAUGUGGGAUUUUUGAAGGAAAUGGGAAUAAAUCCUAUAAAGGUAGCAAAAACAUUGGUAGAAGUCUUUGCCGAAAUGAUAUUCAUCCAUGGUUUUGUACAUGGAGACCUACAUCCCGGUAACAUAUUAGUUUCUCCAGAAGGUCCAAAUGGCUUUUCUUUGGUUCUUCUAGAUCAUGGAAUCUACAAGCAAUUGGAUGAAGGAUUUAGGAUGGACUAUUGUCAGCUCUGGAAGGCAUUGAUUCUUCAGGACUCGCAUCAAGUACGGCAACUUGGUGAACGAUUUAAUGUUGGGAAGUACUCUAGAUACUUCCCUGUCAUAUUUAUUGGAAGAACUAUUGACAGUAAAUCAUAUCUUGGGGGAGGCAUGUCAGCUGAAGAGAAGAGGAUUUUGAAGCAGGAGCUGAAGUCCUUAAAGAUGGAGGACAUAUCUUCAUUUAUGGAAUCUUUACCACCUGACUUUCUCACAAUAUUGCGUACAGAUGGGCUUCUGAGGUCAGUCAUUAGCAAGUUGGGUGCUCCCCAGCGAAUCAGGCUGUUCACCUAUGCCAAAUAUGCAGUAUAUGGUCUUUCUCUGAAGCCCCAUCCUAAUUCUGAUUUUGUAGAGAAAGCUGCAUUUUCCAGAUUAAAGACAAAUGUUAGUUAUCUGCAGUCAAGGGUUAUUCUUGAGGUGCUGGAGCUGCUUUCUUGGAUGGAGACGGUCAAGCAAUUUUUGUAUACCUUGUGUAGAAAGAUUUUGAGUGGGUUAAUGAUGCAGUGAGGUGGGUUUGGGUGGUGCUGGGAUGAAGUGAACUUGCAUCAUUUCCUGUGCCUCUCUCAUGACAUAUGGCCCAGAGCAUAUUUUAUAGAAGUCCAAGAGAUGGAUAUCAUUGACAAUGCAUUACAAAGUAGAGGAAGGAUAGAUAGAAUUGGGAAGAAGAGAAAGGGUAAUUAUGAGGAAGGAUUUAAAAAUGGAGAUCAUUGAGGAUGCAUUUUAAUAUUCAAUGCAAGCUCUGUGGUUUAUUUUCUGAAAUUACAUUCUUGAGGUUCGCAACUCUAUCAGUAUUUAAUUUAAUUUUUUUUUUCUUGCACCCCUUG